UGUAUCUGGAUCGACCGGUAAAACAACAAAAGUUUCAAGUGUAAGCACAACAUCAACUAUUUCGUCGACAAAAACAGUAACGGUUUCAAAAAAGAAACAGCUACAGGAAGUGUGUUAAGAAUUAACUUGGAAACAUAUUGACGUUACGGACAAUUUGGUUUGCAACCAUUUACAAAUAAUAUAUAUUGAUUGAAAUUGAUUAAAAGCAAUUCAAUUACGCGACCCAAUCAACAAAAAGUACACGUUUUUUUUUCUCAAAAAUGAACGGGCAAACGUAUCCAUCGUCUGGGGAUGGUGAUGUCAUUCCAACAACCGAUGACAAAAACCUUAAGUCCCAUGAGUAUGGCGAAAAGAAAAGAAUGUCCUUAAAAUUGCCAUUGUUGAAUGUGGUCGUUACAAAUGCGGUCGCCGAUGACCAUAAUACCGAAAUACAAGACGAAGUGCAAGACGAAAAAUGUGAAAAUGAUUCGGAAAAAAUGGAUUUGAAUGGUGAAUCGAGUAAAAAGAAAAAAAUCUAUGAAUCCGAUGAUACAUUCAUUCAAGCAAUAUUCUCGCAAACCAUAAAAUCGACAACUGCAACGCCAACGGACGAUGAGCCCAGUCAAGAUUUUGAUACAUACAAACAAUCAUCAAAAUCGGGUGAAGACGAUAUUGAAGGAGUUGCUACUACCUCUGAGUUAGCCAUUACACCAGCGGACGAUAGGUCCGAGCCUACUAACGAUGAACCAGCCGCAAAAUAUACUUAUUUUCAUCAAACAAUCGAAGAAGAUGAUUCCCCCGUCAUAGAAUCUAAUAUAGAAUCCGAUGUAGAUAUAAAUGUUACUAACGAUUCCGUGACCUGUAACCCAAUUAGCCCACAAACUACCACAAUUUAUACACAUAACGAUAAAACUGAAAUCAAUAUUUGCACGGAAACAAAAGAGGACGAUGAAUUCAGCGAGAAAGAUGCAUCGAUCGAUAAUAGCUUAAAUAACACAUCAACAGCUUAUGCAUCAAAUGAAGCAAUUACCGAAUCCGAACACAGUCUAACCCAACUAAACAGUUUUGAAUCGGAUCAAAGCGAAUCUCAAAAAGGCGAUGAACAAGUUGUUGUUACGAGCGAAAAAACAACCAUAGAGAAGUCCAGCAACAAAAAGAAAUCGUCAGAAAAUGGAACAGAAAAAAAGAAGAAAAGUAAAAAAUCGAAAAAGUCAGUCGACGAAAAGGAAAACAUAUCCGUCAGAUCAAGCUUUAGUAAAUUUGAUGCAUUGCAAAAGCAAAACUUGAAAAAUGUACGCAAUGAUGAAGGUGUCAAAUUGAAUGGCUCGACCGAAGGUGAUAAAACAUGCCGAUCGUGCGGUAAAAUUGUGUAUAAAAUGGAAGAGAUAAAAGCGGAAAAGAGUGUCUGGCACAAAAAUUGUUUCCGAUGCAGUCAAUGCAGCAAACCUUUAAAUGUCGACACAUUUGAAAGCCACGAAAGUGUAUUGUAUUGCAAGCUCCAUUUCAAAUCGCUCUUCAGUCCAAAAGCUGUCGAAGAUACUGAACCAGAGGCACCCCGCAAACCUGAAUUGAUUAUUCGUGAAAGUCAACCGAUCGAACUUCCACCGGAUGUGGUUCGUUCAUCCGAUAAAAGCGAUUUGGGAUUGAGUGAAUUGCAUCAGCUGAAUGUUAAGGAGCGUUAUAACAUAUUUGAAAAUGCUAAGAAGGAAGAGUCUCAUCAAUUAUUGGAACGUGAAGAGCGUGUACUUAAGCGUGGCACAACUGUUCUAUCAAAAUUGGCCAAAUUCAAAGCCAAAGGAAUGGACGUUGGAGAUGCUGAAGCAAACUUAGCUACUGCUGACGAAUCGGGCGGCGAUGAAGACGAAUAUGAUGAAGAUGUUGAAGACAUUGAUUUGCUUCGCGCCAAGGAAGCACAAAUUGAACGACCUCUUUGCUCAGUAAAUAUGGAUGAUAUCAAGAGUAAAUUUGAAUCGGGUCAUUCACAAUCGAGAGAAGAACGACGCGAAGAGCGCAAACAAGAGAUACAAAGCAUUCGAUCGCGAUUAUUUAUGGGGAAACAAGCCAAAAUAAAAGAGAUGUACCAACAAGCAGUAGCUGACAGUGAACAAUGUGUACGUGCCAGCAAUAAAAAACCAGAUGUUGACAUUGGUGAUAAAGCACGUUCGAUCAAAAGCAAAUUCGAAAAUGGAGAGGUGUUUAAAGAUGAACAGAACCAUUCGCAUCAGAUUGAUGAUAGCGCUGUAUUUGAACAUGGUCUUGGCAAGCAAUCCCGUUCGAUUUUCAUGGAAAUCGAUGCGAAGGCGACAUCAUCACCGCAACACACACCGUCAUCACCGGGGGCAGCAUCAUCCAAGCGUAUAAAUCCCGUUUGGCCACCGGAACAAAAAGAAAAUACAAAUGGCGCUGACAUUGUAAAAUAUGAUGAAAAAGUUGACGAAGUAAAAAUUAAAACGGCCGACAUAUCGAGCAAAUUUAAAUUUUUCGAAACUUAUAAGCCGGAAAGUAAAGAGAAAAAACCAUUUAGAAUCACACCACCAAGAGACGGCGUCGUGCCACAAAACAAUGAAACAGAACAAGAACAACAACAAUAUGAAGGAGAAGAAGAAGAAGAAGAAAAAGAAGCAGGAGAUAUUCCGCCAAACGGCAUCGCAUACAUUGAUGCAUCGCGUAAAGCAGCACAAAGAAGUUCGACUACCACAAAAAUGCUGUCCAUGUUUCGCCAAAUGGAGGAUGAUGUGCGCAGCAAUCGCAAUCAACCAUCCGGUUUGAAACCAUUGAAAAGCUUCACACCCCCGCCAGAUGAUGGACGCCGUUUGGUUGAUCGGAAUAGUCAGUCUGGCAGUGAAUAUACCGAUUCGGAGGACGAAAGCGAAGAAGAUUCAGACAAUGAAGAAAACAAACGUCCAAUGGAUGAGGCGUUACAACAAGCACAGGCAGCUGCACGAGCCAAACAGCUACGUGCCAAAUUUGAAAAGUGGGAACAAAAAGAAAUUAAACGCGAACAAGAGCGACAAUAUGAUGGUGAAGAUCAAUCGCAGAUCGAUACCAGAUGCAUUCGAGCCAAAUUCGAAUCGUUGCGAAAUGCACCGUCUUCGCCCAGUCGUGAAAAGAUACAGGUCAACAGAUUUGUGUAAUCUAUCACUUUGGAUGUCAUAUGCAGUGUACACUUCAAUUUUCGUUGUUGUCUAUAUAAAAGAGUGUUGAAACUGAAUGAAAAUGAAAAAAAAAACAUAUUAUACAUUAUACGGA